AUGGUUUCAAGCUCUGGUUCUUCGGUUUCUGUGGAAGCUAUAGUCCCCGAAGCCGAGGAAGAUGCAUACGUGAUCGUCUGUGAUACAUGUGGCGAUCUAGGAGAGGACGAAGAACUUGCUAUUUGCACGACAUGCAACGUUGGCGCAGAACACACUUAUUGCAUGAAGCUAAAACGUGAAGAGGUUCCUGAGGAAUGGGAUUGCUAUUUAUGCACUGAAAAGAACAAUGGAGUUCGAGAAGGAAAGGAAAUUGAAGAAGCUGGCUCUAGAAAAAGGAAAACAGUACAUUUCGUUGACUAUUUUGCGAAAGAGAGAGCAGAAAGCAGUAAAAGAACAUCAUCUCAAGGACAACCUCGCUCAUUUAAAGCACCACGCCUCUAUGAUAACGUAGAGCUGGAUUUGAACGUGGACCCUAAUCCUGUUCAGAACCGCAAUCCUAACAUGGAGCUUGGUUUUGACCUGAACCGUGUUCCUAACAUGGAGCUUGGCUUUGAUCUGAACCGCGUUCCUAACAUGGAGCGUGGCUUUGACCUGAACCGCGUUCCUAACUUAGAUCUCAACAUGGAGCCUGGCUUUGACCUGAACCACGUUCAUAACUUAGAUCUCAACAUGGAGCCUCGCUUUGACCUGAACCUCCAUCCUAACUUAGAUCUCAACAUGGAGCCUGUCCUUCACAUGAACCAACAUCCUAACUUAGAUCUCAACAUGGAACCUACCCUUGUUCUGGACCCUAUGAUAGACCUCAAUGGUGAUCCUACGUUCGAUAUGAAUGUGGACACUAACAUUGACGUGCAUCUAGUUGCCUUAACGAAUGAGGGUGUCCACAUUCAUAUGCUUCUGGUAAAUUUUAAGCUAGAUAACGAAUGA